AAUUAAAAACUAGUAGAAGUAGACCAUUGCAGAAUAAAAUUUCAAGAACUUGUAGAACUAUAAUUUCAACUAAAAUAUUGAGGAUUCUGAUACAUAUCUGUGAUUUUCUCAUUUUUCUGGAACUCAUUCUGCUUUUGACGUUUAACCUAACCUAUAUCUUGGUUGGUAAACAAAUUACAAAACAUUAAUUUUUUUCUUACAUUUUGAAGAGAAUUGUUGUUUAUAUAGGUAUAAUGGAAUAACUUUUUCAUAAACAAUAUAAUGAUCCAGAAGUACUUAUGAAUAGUAGUAGAUUUUCUUGAAUAUUCAUUUCGAAGUUCGAAAAUUGCUCAAUUAUGAAUUUGAACAAGACUUCAUCAACAGGAGGUAGAUCCUCUCGUAAAAAAAGAGACAGAUCCAGCAGCUCUUCAGAUAGUUCUUCAAGCGAUAAUGAUAAGAAAGUUCUCAAACAUAAAUCAAAAAAGACCAAACUAUUAGUCAAACAAAAGGAAAGAAACACAAGUAAGCAUAAAUACAAGAAAAGAAAGAGUAGAUCAAGUUCGUCAGAUUCUACAUCAGAAGAUUCGUCCACCAGCAGCAGUUCUGACAGUAGCUCCUCAUCUUCAUCUGAAGAGAGAAAGAAAAGGAAACGCAAAAUAUUGAAGAAAUCUUUAAAGGUAAAAGCUAAGAAGACUUCAAAGAGAGUUGUAGAGAAGGAAAUGUCAGAUGAAGGUCCUUCAAAUGAUAUUCCAAUAGAUUUGAUGGGACAAAGAAAUGUAAUGGCCCCUAUGACCAAAGAAGAAUGGGAUAAGAGACAGAGUGUUGUGAAAAGACAGUAUGACCCUACUACUGGUCGUGACAGACUUAUCAAAGGAGAUGGAGAAGUGAUAGAAGAAAUUGUUAGCAGAGAUAGACAUAAACAAAUAAAUCAACAAGCGACCAAAGGAGAUGGAGAAUUUUUCCAAAACCAAUUGAAGAAAAAAUGAAAACAUUGAAGGAGUCAGUGAAUACUGAAAGAUUUCAGAAAAACUAUUAACUAUACUUAUUCUAUUUGUUGUGAACCCAAAGUAAAAAUUGUUAAGAACA